AUGAGCACCGAAUCUGAGACGCCUGAUGCGCCUGGUGAAUUUGACCAACAUGACGAAGAAAGCGAGGCUGACGAUGAAGCCGCCAACGACGCCAACAUGCACGAUGCGGAUGUGGAAGAAGAUGAAGGUGCCGCUGACGCGGAGUCUGGACGAACAUCGUCGAAUCGCAAAUCCCCUCGCGUCUGGACUGAUGAACCUGAGGACUACAGUGUCUUCAACAACCCACCCAAUCUCGCCGAGAUGAGAGACAGACUUUUCUCCCUCGAAGACCCUAUUGUCAUGCCUGUCGCGGACUGGCAAACAUACUUCCCGUUUGUCGACAAUAUCUGGCGUAAGAUGAGAACUGAACACCCACCGGAGGACGGUUCUGCCAAGGUGGACCACUAUCACUGCAGAUUCCGCCGCGCCCAUUACAUGAAGCCUCACACGCCGCGUCCAACUCCAGAGGGCAAACAGCAGAGAAGGAAACGAGCGAGGGAGGAAAAGACAUGUACGAUGAAGAUGAAAGUGGUCUACAACCGCGGUCCAAUAGAGACAUGCACCAUUUUGAAGGAUACGGAUGGUGGAAUGACACAUUCACAUGAUCUGGAUUACAAUGAUUCUUCAAAACGCAAUACUGGAAUCAUGCAAACCGCUCGCUGUGAGGUUACAAAAGGUUAUGUGCCCUCUUCGAUCUUCUGGAAGAUGUGGGAGGAGCCAGAGAAGAUGCUGGCUGCAGGUGGGAAGUUUCUGAAAGUAUCAGACGUGCGAAAUCUCCAGUAUGCCUGGCGCCAGGGAAAUCAACUCGUCACUCUCAAAGCACACAAGGGCUGGAAACAAGGGCGCCCAACACGACAGCCGCCAGCACCACCGGCUCCGCCAAAGCCUCAAUUCCAACCUUCCAAUCAGCCUGGCGUCUUUGGCCGACUGGAACCCGUAAAAGCAGAUGCACGAAAUGAGCCCCAAACAGUAAUGCAUUGGGACACAUUACAAUACCCUCAUCAUGCCAGAGGAUUUCUGGAACCAUACAUGCCCGAUCCCAGACUCACGCCGGUCCGAACCCGUCCCCACGUCACCCUCACCUGGGCAGGCAGCCUCGACGGCCGGAUCAGCCAAUUGCAGGGAAUCCCCACGGCGGUAUCCGGUCCAGAGACCAAGGCAAUGACACACUAUUUGCGAAGUCGACACGAUGCCAUCCUGGUUGGGAUUUCAACUGCCAUAGCAGACGAUCCUGCGCUGAACUGUCGACUCGCUGACCCGGGCGGGUAUGGUGGGCUAGCCUGGGAGUUCCAACCACGACCGAUUAUCAUUGAUCCUCAUGCACGCCUGCGCAUCCAUCCGGGCUUGAAGGUGCUCAAAAUGGCUUCCGAAGGUCGGGGCAAGGCGCCUUGGAUAGUGGUUGCUCCGGGUGCCUUGCUGCAUCCUUUUGCUGUGAGCACGCUGAAAGCCCAUGGCGGAGAAUAUCUGAUGAUUAAUGACUACCAUCCAGCACAAGGAGGGCUGAAGUGGGAAGGUAUUUUCAAUGUGCUCUUUCGAGAAGGUAUAAAGAGCGUCAUGGUGGAAGGCGGUGGGAUGGUGCUUUCAGACCUAUUAAAAGCGCAUCACUCUCAUCUGAUCGAUUCUAUCGUUCUCACGAUUGCUCCGACAUUUUUUGGAAAAGCAGGGGUGAUGGUCUCCCCGGAUCCCUCAUUCGACCCUACCGGACGACCCAUCGCUCAGAGGCUGAGAAAUGUGAGAUGGCAACCAAUGGGAGACGCCGAUGUGGUUAUGUGCGGCCAGAUGGUCGCUGACCAGGUUCCGCUUACAAACGGCAUACUAUCUGGUAUUGAGGAGUACUCGCGAACAGCGCCAGGCUUUCCAAACCCGCAACCUGGAACCCAACCAGCAGGACAACCACCACCAGCUGGCCCCCCACCAUCGCAGUCGCAACCACAACCCACCCCUCAAACCUCCGUUACGCAGAGUGAGGCUCGUGCAUCGUCAAACACUCCAGCUACCACUUCCCAGCCAGCGGGAGCGACGCCCUCACCUGCCCCUGUGCCUCCUCAGGCAUCUGCCCCUGCACAACCCUAG